UUCAAGAGCGCGCGUCUCGCCCGGAGUGAAUGUGGUCUGGACUGGGCAGAAGAUCCGAUAUUGCCUUCUUGGUGGACACUUGUGCGGAGAGGUGGUCAAAAAAUAAACAACUUGUGCGAUCGCGCCGCAACGAUCAGUCUGCAAUACCACCUGAACGGGUGAAGAUCACAAAAAUUUUCGCAUCGUCUUGGAUCCUCAAGAAAAGUUUUCUUACUUCGUGCAAAAAAAAGGACACAUACAGCACAGAAAUUGCCUGGCCAGUGUUAUAAAUCAUCUUUGCAAAAAUGUGGAUAAUCUCGGCGUAUGGAUUAUUCCUGCUUAUCCUGCACACAUUUUCACCUGCUACUGCUGAUGUGAGCCACCUCACCCCAAAUGGUAUCAAUAAUCAAUUUUACGACCACAUAAGUCUCCUGAGGAAUGCCAUCCGGGGUGAACCAAACAUCGACUAUCCAAUCUACAGCCAUCCACCAGCAACAAGUUUUACCUGCGCAGGUAGACACGACGGCUACUACGCAGACACGGAGACGAGAUGCCAGGUAUUCCGUGUUUGUGCCAAUACGGAUACAACUGGUCACGGAUUCGCUUUCCUCUGCCCUAAUGGCACACUCUUCAAUCAGCGACACUUUGUCUGCGAUUGGCACUACAACGUUAAUUGCAAUGAGAGUCCUUCGUUGUACUUUAAGAAUGAGCAGCUGGGCAAGAGGAUUGAGAGUCAUGAUCAAAUGAUGACAAUGGUGCGAUACAUGCAGAACUUUGUCAUGCAGUCUCCAUCGUUAAGUAGUCAGAGUGGCUCCUCAUCUGCCUUUCUUCAGGGUAGUGGAGGAUCUUCCGGAAGCACGAAUUUUGGUGCUGCUUUGGGCGCUAGUUCUGGUGGUGUGUCAUUUGGCCAGGGAUUCGGAGAUUCAUCGUCAUCAGCCACGAAUUUUGGCAGCCACCAAACACAUCAGAAGAUUUAUGUUUCAAAUCUCGGGGAGCUUUCAACGGAACCCGGAUCUGGAUUUGAUCUCUCCAAAUCGAACAUAAUCAGCCACAAUCUCGACUUUCAUCAAUCCAGCGCAUCUAGCGUGUCAAAAGGACCUUCAUUCAGUUCUGAUGGCCAUUCUAAAUUAAGCUCCCAACCCUUCCAUGGAAAAUUCAAUGCUAUUUUUUCGGGAUCUGGGAAUCUUAUUGGAUUGGGCAGCAAUGUUCAGCCAGGAGGAACAAAAUUCUCAGGAUCAGACAUCAAGUCUAAUGCAAUUUAUUUGCCACCUCGUCCUUCAGUUCCCAACACUUACAUUCCGCCACAUGCUCCAGUACAGAACACCUACGUUCCACCGGCACCGCCACAACAACAACAGCCAUCCGCACCAAUAGUUUCUCAUCAAAUCAACCAUGUGGGUAGCACAGGAAGUACCCAAAAAUUCCCCUCUUUCCCCGGAAAUUUGGUCACAACACCACCCAGGGUAUCAAUUCCAACACAGACACCAGCUACAACAACUGUUGUUACAUCGCGGAUUCCUUCUGUCGAGCAACCAACGACAGAGCCAAAGCUGGACAUCCGAUUUGGUGAUGAUGAUGAUGAUUUUGGGAAUACGCCCAAAUUGUCAAAUACUCCAUCGAAAUACUUCUCCCUUCCACUCUCUCCGGUAGAGAUUAAGGAGAGAGAACUGAAGAAAUUGGGGCUUGUUCCACGAAAGCAGGAAGUUCAGGAUUCGGCGAAGGAAGGAAGUGCCGUGUUCCCGCAGAGAAUUCAAUUCCCAACGCGUUUUGAUUCACCAGCUCUACCCCUUACAUCUGGGUACUCCACAACAACCACUCAUAUUGCUCCAGCUACAUCAAGGGUUUACCAAUCAACUCUCUAUCAAGUACCCCAAGCUGCAACUGUUCCACAGGCAACCAGCUUCAGCAGUAGAUUCUCUUCUCAUGCAAAUGACAGGGCCACGGACAUCCAGAUAAUCCCUGCACGUGGAUACUACUUCAAUGAUCCGUCUGAGAGGAAGCUCUACUAUGACGACGUUGCUCGGGGGUUGUUUAAUGAUCACGGAAAUGGGUAUGUGUACAUCAAGCCGAAAUUCUCUGCACUCCAGGAUGUACCAACGGUGGCGCAACAUCAUGAAAUUCAGCAUUCUGGUGUACGUGCUGCACCGCUCAAGGUUCUCGAAGCUAGGGAUACAGAAGGAAGUAUUUUCCGUGGUUUUGACUCCUACGCUGCACCCCUGAGUCACGUGGGGCAAUUACCAACGGAUACCGUCUACAAUCCCGCCCAGUCACAUUCCCAUUCAUCCUUCCAACAAUCCUUCUGAGGGCAGCAUCAUUUCCCCCCUCAUCCCCCCCCUCAUCGCCCCUUUAGCGACUAAUUUUAGCAUUUAAUUAAAAUUAAUUGAAAUAAUUUUGCCAUGAAUAAAAAAAUGUCGGUUUAGAAA